AUGGCCACUACUGACCGCCGCCCCGCUUUCUCGAGACGGUCCCGGUCUCAUCACAAAUCGCCGUCCACAGACUCGUUCCUCGCCGACUCGCUUUCCCGCUUCGUCGAAACCCUCGCCGAGAACGACCCCUCCUACUCUUCGCUUCCCCCCCGCCACUCCCCGCGAAGCACCCUCUCUCCCAUGUCCUCGUCCUCUAGUACUCCUUCCGCCAUGAGAACCGGCCGCCGCUCCCUUGAGAUUCCUUCCGACGCCGAUUCGAGUCACGGAUUCGCGUCGCCUCGAGACGUCCCAAGGCGCCUCGCGAUGCGGCUCCUGGUGGGCGACAGCGGCGGAGCGGUGGAUGCGGCGACGACGAGGGUCCGCACGCCGGAAAAAGGUGUUCCGCGGGGAAGCAGUGGAAGGUGUAGCGUAAAUGCCCCAGGCACAUACAACCGCGACUUGUUAAACGGCGACUUUUCGAGGGAGUUCUGCCUUCAGGCUGAAGCGGGUCGCGAAGGGCCGCAGGGCCGUAAUGGCGGCUCCAGGGCAAUGUUUCGCAGCAUCAGCGAGCACGUGGGUCCUGAUACGACAACCCCAUUCUCCCCCGCUUCCCCCGCGUCCCUCGCUUCCUCCGCCUCUACUCCUAAUGGGGUACAGCGGACCGCGUCGCCCAAAGGCCGUUACCUGUCGCGCGUCGGGGCGUCGGAGCCGUUGGAGCGCACCCUCCCCCGCAAAAGCCGCUUGAACGGCGACGAGGAAACUGACGCUGGAUCGACGGCGACGGGCCGCGACGGGACGGACGCGGAGGAGGGGGAUUCAUCGGACGCGUCGGUGUCCAUGCGGCGCCUAGGGCGCGAGAUGAACGAGCUGAGGAGACAGCUCGAACGAUGCUCCAAGAUUAAUAAGUGGCUAACCGAGUCGUUGCGUUCUGCGGAGCGCAUUGCGGCGGAAGCCACGGCAGCCGCGAAGGUGGCGGAAGCGGAACGGGACCACGUGGCGAAGGAGCUGGAGGAGAUGUUGAACGCGUGGUCCCAAGCGGAUAACGCGGCGGCGGCGAAGCAGGAGGAGGAGCGCUCGUCGGUUGAACGAAGCCGCGCGUCACUGGAGCGGGCGCGCGCGGUGUUGGCUCAAGAGAGGGAGGCGGUGGGGAGGGAGAGAGAGGAGGUGAAGAGGGAGCGGGAGGAGUUGAAGCGGGAAAGGGAAGCGCUGCAGAAAGAUAAGGAGAGGAUUGCGGCGGGGCGGGCGGCGCAAGAGGUGCAUAUGGAGUGGAGCAAGGCGCACCGCCAGGCGGAGAUGAUGGGCGUGCGGCAGCACCAGCACCAUGUGACUCCCGACGGUGUGCUUCUAAGGAGCGUGAGCAUGAACAGCACGUGUAGCACGUGCAGCACGUGCAGCUGCCUGAGCAGCACCCGAUGCAUCAACGAUGCCAGGCGCCUCGCGAUGCGGCUCCUGGUGGGUGACAGAGGCGGGGCGGUGGACGCGGCGACGCCGAGAGUCCGCACGCCGGAAAAGGGUGCGUCGCAAGGAACCAGCGGAACCCGCGGCGCAGAGAGCGGCAUACAAAACCGCGAACCCAAGAGCCGUGAUAACUGGUCGAGGGAGUUUCCUCUCGAAGCGGCAGAUGCGGGUCGUGAGGGACCGCAGAGCCGUAAGCAUGGUGGCGCAAAGGCGAUGAUCCGAAGCAUUAGCGAUCGCGUGGCACGCGACUCGGUGGGUCCGAACGCGACAAUCCCAACCUCUCCCACUUCCUCCACGUCCUCCGCUUCCUCUGCUUCCUCUGCGUCCUCUAUUAAAGCGAUUCAGUUGAACGCAUCGCGCGUCGCGGCGUCGGAUCCGUUGGAGCGCACCCUCCCCCGCAAAGCCCGUUUGAAGGACGACGACACGGCGGCGGCGGUCCGAAACGAAGCGACGGAUGGCGAGGAGGAUUCGGACGCCGGGUCGGUGUCGAUGCGACGACUGCGACGCGAGAUUGACGAUCUGAGGACGCAGCUGGAGCGAUGUGUGCGAAUCAACAAAUUGCUCUCCGAAUCGUUGCGCUCAGCGGAGCGCACAGCGAAUGAAGCCACAGCAGCCGCCCGCGUGUUGGCGUCGGAACGAGACGACUUGGCGAAGGAGCUGGAAGCGGUGCUGAAAGCGUGGUCCCAAGCCGAUGACGAAAGGGAGGCUGUGGGGAGGGAGAAGGAGGAGGUGAGGAAGGAGCGGGAGGAGUUGAAGCGGGAGAGGGAAGCGCUGCAGAAAGACAAGGAGAGGAUCUCCAAGGACGCGGCGAAGCUUGCAGCGAGAGAGGUGCAGAGCGAGCGGAUGAAGGUGCAGCAGCAAGCAUGGAUGAUGGGCGUGCGGCAGCACCAGCACCAUGUGACCCCCGAUGGUGUGCUUGUAAGGAGCGCCAGCAUGAGCAGCACGUGCAACUGCCUCAACAGCACCAAAACGAGGUCCAACGACGAGGAAGCAACGGACCAGGAGCCAAGCAAGCCGGGGGGGAGAAGGAGCAGCGGCAGCAUCAAAGUCGGCGAAUCUGCUUCACGCAGGAUCCCCUCCUGUCGGUCGGAGAGCAACCUCAGUGCGUGUGCUUCAAGGGCACAGGAGCAUGCGCCGACUGGGCUUCCGCACUCCGCGAGUGCAGGAAUGCAAAGUGCAGCUGGGUGGGAGGUCUACCCCAGCCAUCAGAUCAGGGAGAAGGCACAUAAGGUUGGGCGCAUGGCAGCAUAUGUUCGCGAACGAUGGGAGUCGCCUGCAGUUCCGCAUGCGUUGGCCUGUCGGGCCGAGCCAUUCACGGAGGCAGCAUGCGACCUGAGCCUAGAGGCCGAUUUCCUUGCGUCUGUUGAGGGAGCGAAGAAGCUGAAUCCCGUGCUAGCACGGCCGUACCAGCUGGUUCUCUACGGGCUGUACAAGCAGGCGACUGCAGGCAGCAUCACUUUGUGCUCAGAAGAUGACGUGGACACUGACGACCAAGAGAAACUUCAGGCUUGGCGCGACUUCGCAGGCCUGAGCAUCGAGGUCGCCAUGGUGAACUACGUGCAGAAGGUGAAGCAGUUCCAGAUGCUCUUCUCGCCCUCUACUUGA